AUGGCCGCCAUUUCGGGCCCAUCCCAAUCAAGUUGUACCACAUACUCCCUGACCCCCGCGUCCCUUUUCGACCAGUCCGAUCCUGGGCUUUUGUUGGCGCGAACCCGACAAUCCGUCACCCCUUCGACUUCCAGGCUGGUCGUUCGCCUUGUCAUUUUGUCGCUCUCUCACACCUUUAUUUCAAAAUCCAAUCCCUCUUCUCCCUCGUCCCUCUCCCUCAGCUUUCGCCUUUCGCCUGUCGUCUAUUCCGAUCAACGCGCUCAAUCUCUUAUCACCGAAGGAAGGAAGCUGCCACAAUUCCUCCUACUCCUAUCAUCCUCUCCUCGACAGCGACUUGCCAAUCUACAUCUACGACCGAGCCAGACUUGUAGCUUCAUCGUCAUCCCGAUCGACCGACCUCGCCGCUGCGACUCGAGCUCUGCACUUGUCCAGUAA